AUGACGCGCGCUGUCCAGGCACUCUCCGUCCUGCUCCUUGUCUCCUCGCUCUACCUUUCUCUAUUCCUUGGCCUCGUUCCCCUGAAUGAGAAAGUUCAGAACGAAGUCAUUCCAGUCCUACCCUUCUACGCCCUUAUUGUCUUUGGUUGCUACCUUCUCGCUCGACUUGGCGUCGCGAUCUUCACAUUCAACGACGUCCCCGAAGCACACGCCGAGCUACAGAAAGAGAUCGAGCUCGCCAAGGUGGAGCUGCGCCAGGGUAAGGUCGAUGUCGAUUAA